UGCCGCGCGCGUCCGUCGCAUAUUCAAUGCGACACAGCCGCUUCUCUAACAUAAUAUGGAUAUACAUCACACCCGCGCUCUCGUCAUCGUUCAGUUUACGUAUUUGUGGUUUUGCGAAGUCUUUGACAAGUAUAAAUGGAUUAUAUUGUAAAGUGAUUCUGGAAACUAUAACAUUUAUAAGGUCCGCAUUGGAAUUUCUAAUAACUGUGCGAUCGAAUUCUGGUGCAAAUGUGAUUUUUAUACAAGUGUAGUGGAUAAUUUAUUUAUUAAAAAAUUAUAUAUAGAUAUAGUAAUUUAUAUGAUAUUUAAUCCAAGAUGGAACGAUACAAAUGUUUGUACAGACGGUCUUCCGAUAGUGUAUUGCAGUUUUUUUAGUACUUAGUGCUAAAGUGUGUAGUCUAGACAUUGUGAGUUUACGUAACGGAGUAUGCUGAUCAAUACAUUCCUUGACACGGAGGAUUUCGUGCACCUUUACUAUCCUGAGGAUGAGCCGACUCAGGCGCAGGGGUGUGGCGCGGGGGCACGCAUGGCCUCCAAGUACCCACCACGACCACCCUCGCCCGAUUAUAAACAGGUGUCCUCACCGUCCGCAGGCGAGAUGAGUGAGCGCGAACGAUACCGCGCGCCGCCGCAGCCUGAGCCGCCGCCGCACCGCGUGCGCGCCGCGGACCUGUACCCCAGGCUGCGCGCGCAUCAUGACGAGCCCGGUCUUGAUGCCGGCUUCACGCCUAUAUGCGGUGAAUAUGUGCAGUGGGUGGGUCGCGUGGCAGACGGCGGAACCAUCUCCAUGUCCAACUACCGUCUGCACGUGCAGCCUCGUCGGCGUGCCGGACCCGGUGCUUCUGUGCCGUUGCGGCUAAUCGACGGUCUCGAGAUCCGGGACCUGCUCUGUCUGCUCAUACUCUGCAAGCAUGGACGUCAGAUCAAAUGUACGUUUACAACCGGCGAGCAGUGUUUGGAAUGGUGGCGUCGACUGACCACAGCUUUAGCGCCGUUAACUUCAUUGCAAGAUACGUUUGCGGCAGCAUACGCAGCAUGGGCCAAGGAACAGCCGCCCGCCUCCGUACAUCGGGCGCUUAUGAGGGCUUCGCACGCGCCCCAAAGACAUUGGUUUGGACCUGAGGUGGAGAGACUCGGCUUUACGACGAAGGGCGCGUGGCGUGUGACUGCUGCCAAUGCAGAGUACAAGUUGUGCCCGUCCUAUCCGCCUCUGCUACUCGUGCCCGCUACCAUUGGGGAUGAGGACCUUGACUCUGUUGCAAGGUUCAGAGCGAUGCGUCGUAUGCCCGCUGUGGUGUGGCGACACCGCGGCAACGGCGCAGUGAUAGCGCGAUCCUCGCAGCCCGAGGUGGGCUGGCUCGGCUGGCGCUCCAAUGAGGACGAGCGUCUGCUGGCUGCUUACGUCACAGCUUGUAAUGCCGACCGCGGCACUCAACCGCCUGCUACCAACAAGCAAUUAAAGCUCCUGAUAGUGGACGCGCGUUCGUACGCGUCUGCGGUGACGAACCGCGCGCGCGGCGGCGGGUGCGAGUGCCAGCAGUACUACCCGGCGGCGGACAUCCAGUUCAUGUGCCUGCCCAACAUACAUCACGUGCGCCGCAGUUUCCACCAGCUACGAGCGCUCGUCGCUGACUCCGACGAUCAGGCUAAUUGGCAUAGCAACCUGGAGCGCACGCUGUGGCCCCAGUACGUGUCGGGCGUGUGCCGCGCCGCGGGCGUGGUGGCACGCGCCGUGCUCGCCGCGAGGCCCGUACUCGUGCAUUGCUCCGACGGCUGGGACCGCACGCCGCAGAUAGUUGCAGCCGCACAGCUAGCUUUAGACCCCUACUACCGCACGGUCGAGGGUUUCCGCGUGCUGAUCGAACGCGAGUGGCUAGACUUCGGUCACAAGUUCGCUGAUCGCUGCGGACACCAGUUCGGCGCGGAGGAUCCAAACGAGCGGUCGCCCAUCUUCCUGCAGUGGUUAGAUGUUGUUCAUCAAAUGAUGCUGCAGUAUCCCUGCAGCUUUGAAUUCAAUGAGGCAUAUCUUAUAAAGUUGGCGACGCACGUGCACUCGUGCAUGUUCGGCACGUUCCUGUGCAACACGCGGCGCGAGCGCAUCGAGUGCCGAGCUGAUGGCGCUGCGCACGUGUGGCAUCUGCUGCGCGCGCCCGCAUACCGCAACCAUCUGUAUUCACCACAUCAACACCAACAGGUUCUAUGGGUGGAUUGCAGCGUGCGCGCCAUGCAGCCCUGGUGGGGCAUGCUGUGUGGUGAGCGCGAGCGAGAAAGAGAACACGAUCCUCCACACCUCGACCCUCCACCGCAGAAUGGAUUAAUGACGAAAACAAGAUCUUGUGAUAACUUAUUGAGCGAUGGAGAGAAGCAUACCACCCAAAGGCGGCGCAGCGACCCGAGUAUUGCACCAGACGUUAUGAAGCUAUCGUCACUAGUUGGUCGCGACAGCCGCGCCCUCACCGACAGCUGUGUGGACGAGCUGGCGCCGGCGCACGCGCACCCCGGCCCCGCCCCCGCACAUCUACCGCGCGCCACGCCCUCACCGCAGCCAUCCACCAGUCAGAUCGAAGUGGAGGGUUUAAACCCGGAGCACUUCAGCCAGCCGUCUGGCAGUGCGUCAUCAUCACUGGAGCGGGAGCUGGUGCGUGCGGCCACUGGCACUGACUGCACAGACAGCACUGACAGCUCCCCGCCCCCGCCCUCGCGCCGCCCCGCACCCCACCCCCCACUGCAGAACGGUGUAGUGGGCGAGCUGUCGCAGAGCGUCCUGCGCACGCCGGACGACGAUACCCCCGACGAGCCUGCCGUCUUCCUCGCAGACACCUAUUCUGACCUCCUGCCCAUGCCGGAAGCUUCAAGGGAGAGUGGACGCACGCGAAAUAUAAGCAUAACGUGGCGAUCCAUCUCAGAGUCGAGCAAUCAGUCGUCUACCGGAUUUGACAUCGCGGGCACACCCCCCGCCGCACGCACAGACCGACCCCCCGACAGGCCCGAGCCCCCUGCCAUAGACACACGUUGCACUGACGUCGACGUCGUCAACCACAACGUCACCACGGACGUCACCACUGACGUCAUCGACAACGUUACCGCUGACGUCACGGACCACGGCCCUCUCACCAACGGCGUCGUCAACGGACUCAAUGAUAUAUCCGCCAAGUUCAUGCAAGUUGAUUUGAAUGGUGGUGCAUCAUCAAGCGGUGCGAGCUCAGAGAGCGAAGGUGAAGGCUCGGGGUCAGCGCGCGGUGCCGCCAGCCAGCUCACGCUCCGCCCUGCUUCCCCGCGCCGCAACUGCUGCCGCUGCACGCGCACCACACACGGUGUAGACAAUGAGUCGUGCUGGUGCGGAGCAGGCGAGGCGAGCGGGGCCGCAGCGCGAGUGCGGUGCGUGUGCGGUGCGGGCGCGCGUCCGGCGCACGACCCGCCCGAUGGCUUGCCACCCGCCGCAGAUCCAUUGCAGCAUCGUCUGCAUCAGAUCAUAUUAUAUCAAAAGAAAGUUGUAGAAGAACUAAGCGGGCAGCUUCGAGAGGCACGCGAGGCGUUACGGCGAGCGUCGCCCCUGGGUGCCCCGCCGCCCGCACGUGCCUCGCCCUCCGCACCCUCGCCCACACAGAUGGCUGUGAGCGGCAACGGCAGCGCGCCCAGUAGCGCCGGGGGGAGUGCGGGGAGCGGUGCGGGCAGCGCGGGCGGCAGCAGCAGCGGCAGCGCCUCCGAGGUGGAGGUGGGCGAGGAGGCGCGUGCAGCCUGGCUGCCGGACUCCGCCGCGCCGCGCUGCCAGCAUUGCCGCAACCACUUCUGGCUCGCACGCCGCAGGCAUCACUGCAGACGUUGCGGCGGAAUAUUCUGCGGCUCGUGCUCUGAGAUGAGUCCGUGGGGAGAGUGCGGCGCCGUGCGCGUGUGCCGGCGGUGCCGCGCGCUGCGGUGACCCGCCCCGCCCCCCGCCACCGCCCCGCCCCCACAAGGACUCAUUCGGUCAUUCCUUCAUUCAUUCAAUGAGAUCGAUAUCAUUCAAAUGAAUGAAGUGCUAUAAGUCAUGCACUCUGCUGCGGAAACUUUUGACGCCACCUAAUUUGUCGUUCGUUAUUCGAAAUACAUUUCUAGAGUUCCUUGACCGCUUUAACCGGAUUUUGUAGAAAUGUGCAUGACGCAGAUCCUCAGCUAUUAACUAACAUCUCUUAUUUAAAUCUAUAAAUUACAUUUUUGUUUUUACAAACUACAACAAUAAUUAAUUGUUGUAGUUUAAAAAAGAAUCUUAAUGAAAUUAUUAUUUAUACUGACUUAUCUUGAUACAUGACAUUCAUAGUGAUAGACUUCUCUGACAACCGAUCCUUAUCAAAGACUUGAUAAAAUAAAUUAUCACUGCUUCCUUGAUAGUUCAAACAUUUUUACGACUAAUUUAUAUAUGUAAAUAUAAACAAACAUACAAUAUAGAGCUGCAUCUUGUUGGAGAAUUAUUGACUAGUCAGACUACCAGGAUGACAUAAGAUGUAUGAAGUUCAUUUUGACGAAUGAUACGACGAUAUCAAAAUUAACUCCGAUUUGACAUUUGAGUGAGCAUUUCAAUAUUGAAUUUGUAACGAACGAAAACGUUUUUAUAGUAAAAGUAUUUUUUGAAUUAGGCGGAUAUGAAAGGUUUUAGUUCAAUGGACGAAAGGUUUAGGAAAUGAAUAGCGAAUGAAAGGCUGAUAUCGAAUUGUGAAUAUUUGAAAGUUUUAGUAAAAAGGAAAAGUAAUCAAAUUGUAUACUUGAACAUCGUCCCUUGCCAAACUAUGCCGAUAUAGACUGAAUAUGAUUUUAUAUGGCGCGUGCUGUUUGGUUUAAGGUUAACUGAAGACCCGGCGUGUGCUAAGUCCUGAUUUUAGCAUGAGAUUUUGUGUACAUUGAACUUAAAACGGGUGCUUUUUUAUAAUGAAAUUUAUUUGUUGAGAAAAAAAAACACUAAUAACUAUGAAAAUUAUAAAAAUAUUGUACAUAACCCCAAGUUUGUAUUUUGCUUAGUUUUUUUUUGUCCGAAUUAUUUUGUUUUUUUAAUUCAGUAAGAAACUGAUUUUUAUGUCAAAAGCACACGUCGAAAUUAUAAAAAAUGCCAAUUUUUGUUACAUAAAUCUCAUGGUAAACAGAAUUGGACUUUUAGAAGAUGACUUCUUUUUUUUUUGUAUAAAUUCUGUUUUUUUUUUCUUUUGUAUCAUAGUGUUACAUUUGUUUUUAUUUUUUAUUAUAUUAUUUUGUACAGUAACGUUUUUUUCACACGUGGUCAGUGUUGAAACAUCUCUGAAGAAAUUGGGAUUCUGUAUAUACUUACCAUGAGUUUGAGUUCUCACUGACGAAACAUUGACAUAGAAACAUGAUCGAUAAAUUGGUAUCACAAAAUAUUUCAUGUUAAUAUUUCGUUAAAAUCACAUUGUAAAUGUUACUAUUGGAUUAUUUAGUCUAACGCCAAGUUCUAUAUUUUAUUAUUUGUGAUAUUGAUGAUAAUUUUGUAUAAAUAAGAGUUUAAGAACAUGUUGUUAGACGUUAAAUUUUACUGGUGAUUUUGUAACCCCUCAUCCCCUCUGCCCAGUAACAUAGGAAUAUAUUUGUACAAUCUAAUAUGUAGUUAUAUAUUUACAUUAUAUACUGAUAUAUAACUGAUAAAUCAGUCACCUAUAUAUUAUAUAAUAUAUUGACUUGUUUGUUAUUACUAAGCAAAUGAAUUUUAUAUAAAUCAGUUUUAAAUAUCCCGAACUCGCGAAUACCAACGAAAGUACCAUUAUAAGCAUGUUAUAAUAUAAUUUUAUUAUAACUUCAAUAAAUAGUUUUCUUCUUACAUUUCUGUCUAUAGAAAUAAAAUCAUAUGUUUAGUAAUAAAACAUAUUAAUUUAUUUGCUUCAACUAUAUUCUAAUUUAACACGAAUCUUUUGUUCAAAAUCAAUACGUUGGAAUUUGUCCAUUUUUAAAUGCACUUGCAAAAAAAAAAAAACAAAUCUGGAUGUAUAAUUACGAUAAUUAUUUAAUGAAAGAGAUAAACUUUGUAAGAGAAAUACAUAUACAAUAGUCUUCCAGUUUGAAUGGUUAAAAGUAACAGGUGAUGCCUUAAAUUAUGUCAAUCAGGGUAAACCCACUCAGGGUUUCCACUGAAACAUUUAUACAAAAACGUAUCCCUUACUAACCUUUAGAAAAAUGUUUUUGUACAUGUGUUCCGUCAGUGGAAACUGACGGUUACUUUGAGCAAUAUUUACCUGAUAUAUUUAACCAAUAAAUAAGUUGUGAGUUUAAUGUAUGGAUGUUUAGUUAAUGGUAUGAUUGUGCGUUAAGAAAGUAUGACUUGACUUACGCUUGUAUGUUGAUGUAUGAAUGUGUAUGGAGCGAAAGAAUAAAUGGAUCGUGCAGACAUCCUUGACCUACCUUUGAUUACGCGCGUGAGUGCUUUUAAUUUCCAUGUUGACGCCUUAAGAUAAUAUUCGAGCUUGUUUUCUUGAUGAUUGAUUCAAAAAGAGAUCGCAGAUUAAUGUCUUUAAAAAGCUAUCCAAUAAUUCUUGUACGGUGUUUCAUUCAAUUUGGAUCUUAAGGAUCGGAUAUUGUCUUUGGCUAUAAAAGAUUCGUGUUAAAUUAAUUUCACUUUUUGUAUUAUUUAAUGUAAUUUGUAUCGGCGAGGGGAUUGUUGUUGACUUGAUAUAUUUUAUAUCGCGGCGUUGUCACAAGCCGCGCUGUCGGAGCUGACUUCUUUGUGACCAAUGACUAUUGACACAAUGUGAAAUAAAGCAUAUUUAGUUUUAUGA